UGUUGCUGCUGCUUACAGCGGAGGUCAGCCGCGCGCUUAAGGGUGUAAAUAGAGAAGUGUUCUCCAACGGUAGAUCUCCAUGCCAAAGGUUUGAAUUCUCAUGCCCUGUCCUGCUUUGAGCAUCAGAUGUUACCCAUCAUCUUUGGUCAUAACCUAGAUGAUGAGCAUGGGUAUGACCAGCACCCUGAAGGCUAUCAAAGGAUGCAGAGUCCUCCCUGGCCUUCAUCCCCGCUGUUCCUGCUCGACUGGCAAGCCUCCCCAAACUCUCGCCUUCGUUCCAGCCAGUCCUCCCCUGGAUCCUCUGGAAGUUAAGAAGCUGCAAGACUUCAUUUGUUCCUCCCAGAGGUUGUUUGUGAUCACUGGGGCGGGAAUUUCUACCGAAUCUGGUAUCCCGGACUACCGCUCUGAAGGUGUGGGCCUUUACGCCCGCACAGACAGGCGGCCCAUCCAGCAUGCUGAGUUUCUCCGAAGCUUCCGUGCCCGCCAGCGGUACUGGGCCAGAAACUUUGUGGGCUGGCCACAAUUUUCUUCUUAUCAGCCAAACGUGGCACACCUAGCCCUGAGAAAAUGGGAGACUCUGGGGAAGCUGCACUGGCUGGUGACUCAGAACGUGGAUGCUCUUCAUGUGAAGGCUGGAAGCCAGCGGCUGACAGAACUACAUGGCAGUACGCACAGGGUGUUAUGUCUCAGCUGUGGACACCAGAUGCCCCGUGUUGAGCUCCAGGAACACUUUGAAGCCUUGAACCCCACAUGGAGCGCCACAGCACAUGGAGUAGCCCCUGACGGGGAUGUCUUCUUGACAGAUGAGCAGGUUCAGAGUUUCCAUGUCCCCUCUUGCAAUGAGUGCGGUGGCCACCUCAAGCCGGAUGUGACUUUCUUUGGGGAUACAGUCAGCAGGGAGAAAGUGGACUUUGUAUACCAGCAUUUGCAUGAAUCGGACUCUGUCCUCGUGGCAGGAUCUUCAAUGCAGGUAUUUUCAGCUUACAAAUUUGCCCUUGCGGCCCAUGACAGGAAACUACCGAUUGCAAUAGUUAACAUUGGCCCCACGAGGUCAGAUCACCUUGCAUUUCUGAAGUUGAAUGCUCGUUGUGGAGAGCUGCUGCCUUUGAUCGUCCUACAGUGACCCAAAUCCACAUUCCCAGGAGACAAACGUUCAAAAUAAACCACUGAUAUAAUGGAAAAGAUGGGAGCAGGGAAGUUCAGGCUGCAGACUGCUGCAUGUCCCACUCCACAUGUUCCAUCUUUGCUGGAAGGUACAGGGGCAGAAGAAUCGCAGAAAGACGUCAUCCCAAAUCAGGCUGUGGUGCUCUGAAGUGCACAGAAGAGAAUGGGCUUGAAAUGGAGAUUGUGGGGAUUCAAGUAAGAGUUGGUUCUGCAGGGACCCACCCUGUGAAAGAAAUGAGAGGGUCACGGCAAAGAAAAUGUUACAGGGCAGGGGCUGCAGUCCUGUAUGCCCGUAGGUCAGAUAGAAGCUGCAUAAUUGCAGUGCAUGACUGCCAGCGACUCCAAGAAUGGCUUUCCUACAUAGAAAUGUGAUUAAUAAAAUGGCAUAUGAUCUUU